AGCCAGCAGCUACAGCCAGCUAGCUGGUAGGCAAAAGAGGCAGGGUGCAAAAUGUAAGGUUAAAAAGUACAGAUGCCCAUUGUUCUCUGCAGGCCUCACAGAGAACGUCAAAUAUUCAUAAUCAUAUCAUAUUUUCUGAUACCUUUUGUUAGGGGUCUGGUUACUGUUGUUUUAAUGGGGAACAUGUCAACUUCCUGAUGAAUUCCUGACUGCAUGUAAGUCAUUGGUAAAAUAUUCAGUCAUCUGUUCUGUUGUGCUUUAGCCUUGGCCACAGAUUUGCUUCAUCUCACUCCAUAAUGCUUCAAAUACAGAUAAAAGUUUGCUACCCUGAAGUUCGGAGUCCUGACUCUGCUUUUUUGCCAGGCCUGCAUUCCUCCAGAACACAAGUUCCACCAGGCCAUGAUCACUACAGCCCAGGCUGCCUCCAAUCUUAACCUCUGUAAUGCUCUCCUCUGCAUUGGUGAGCACCAGGUCCAGUAGGGCUUCACCCUGAGUGGGACCGUCUAAUACCUGGACCAGGAAGUUGUCCUCAACAGACUCCAGGAAUUUCCUGGAUAAAUAAUGUCUAAUAACUCUUAAUAAGGACAAGCCAACUGGGGGCCAACUGUUGUAAGCCCUUGCAUGCACCAAGGAUUGCAACUGGGGGCAACCUUAUGGUUUGAUUGCUCUGCAAGGGGGAGAAAAUCCCCCAGGGACAGCCCUGGAUUUUGAUAUCCCUCGAGAGGAAACUGGAGGUCUCAGAGGGCUGGCCAGCAGAGCUAGAGUGUGGGAAGAGCCUGAAGGACUUCCUCCUGCAGCCUAAGAAUGAUAGAAUCACAGAAUCAUUAAGGUUGGAAAAGACAUCUGAGAUCAUCAAGUCCUACAAUCAGAGAGAAACAUGAACUUUUAUUGAAUAAACCUUCUUGCUGUACAUGCCUGGGGCUGAGUGCCAUGGCUAGAGCGACCUGAUGGGGCCCAUAGGAAGAUGUGGCCAAAGCCCUGGUGAUUGGUGUGAAACACCGAUGCCAAGCACAAGAGAUGCGGGGAAUGGAGUGGGCAGUGGCACUGGGAAAAGCCCUGACACUUGUGAAAAUAGUGCUGGCACUGGAGCACGUGCUACGGGUGAGGACAGCUCAUUGUGAUGACCCAACAAUGGACUGUGGCAUUGCCGUGGGAUGGGCAGUGAAGGUCGUCCCCAAGUGAAGGUCAAAUAAAGGUGACGCCCAGCAGUUUGGCCAAGCCAUGGUUUGAGACAUCUCCAGGCAACGGAUUGUGACUCCAUAGCCCACGGAUGCUUUAAAGUGGGUGCAGCAGCUCAGCCCAGCAGUUCGUGCCUGGCCUCCGACCGAGCGUGUGUGCGAGGACUGGAGUGUGGACAGGGCGAGCUUUGGUGCUGGAACGUGCUCUGGGUGCUGCUAGCGCAGCUCUCAGUGGCCGUCUCAGAGCCACUUUUUCUUUACCCCAACCCUGCUUGGAGCAGGCAGACGGGACAUCCCGGAGAGGCACGUGCAGCAGCAUAGCGUGACACCUGCUGCUGUAGCAUCAGUGCUGGGGAGUGCGUUGCCAUCUUCCGCUCCCCCUAGCCCACCGCAACUGGUGGAAGCAUGGAGGCAGCAUUAGAGACCCGCUGCCCUGUAUGCCUGGAGAACUGGGACAGCGUGGCAUACACCAUGCCGUGCUGCCACCAGUUCUGCUUCCCCUGCAUCCACAGGUGGACUAGCACCAGGCCCCAGUGUCCGCUUUGCAAACAGGGUGUGCAGUCCAUCAUCCACACCGUGCGAGCGGACAAUGACUAUAAGGAGCUGGUCCUCAGACCAGCUGCAGUGGCAUCCACUGCCAGACGAAGCCCCACAGGCUCUUGGGCAGCUCAGCCUUGGCCUGCAGUGCCCAGGCAUCCUGUGGGCAGCCUCUCCCCUGCCACCUGGGCUUCCCUCUUCAGGGAGCACCCAUCCCUGCUGCGGCCCCUGCGCUCCUGGCUGCGAUGGAAGCUGCGCCACAUCCUGGGCGCCGAGGAGCCACAAGUAAAUACAGUGGCAUACAGUGUCAUCUGGGCCCUACUCCUCGUCGGCUUGGCAGAAGAGAUCCUGAUAGAAAUGCUGGAACCCGACCUGCAGGGCCACACGGUGACCUUUGUGAGGCACUUCAUCACCUUCACCGUGCAGAGGUGCAGCAGGGAUGCUCAUCGCUUGCUGGGCCUCAACAUCGCCCCUGCUGCUGGGACACAGGAGGCCACUGCAUCAGAUCCCAGAGCUGCCCCAGGAGAGGAGGCUCCUGCCCCUGGCCCAGCACCCUCCAGCAGCUCUGCCAGCUCCAACAUGGACGAGAUGCCAGGCAGGAUGGGAGAAGAGCUCAAUGGGCGUCCCAGCCGCCCACGUUCCAACCCUGCAAAUGUCACCAUGGAGCAGGCAGUGUCCUGUGAGGAGCCAGAAGAGCCUGUGGCAGGGCCCUCUGGCACCAGCCCACCUGAGGGGACCCGACGAGCCCCGAAGAGGAAGGCCAGCAACUGCCAGGCCUCAGCAUCACCAAAGAAGAGGCCACCCCGCCGGCAGGAUUAGAACAGUGGUGGAGCUGGUGAGACUGGGGCCAGGCAGCAGCUGGGACACAUACUGGCCCCAGUGGACCCUUGCCAUGAGUAUCCAAUUCCACCAUGUAAAUAAAGUAGAAAGAAAGACUGCAAAAAAAAAAAAAAUGUGUUGGUAUUGCUAACAGCACAGUGGUUGUUGCUUCCCUGUCCUUUAUGGU